AUGACAUGGCUGGCCAUUCACGCUUUCAAAAAUGAGAGGUUCAGAGACAUUGUGAUGAGUCCAACAUCGAGCCCGAGGCGCAGCCGUUUGGAAUUUAGCCAGCCAGUACGCUUUCAUGCGCGACAUCCAUGUCUGGCUGAAUGCACGAGUCGGGAUACGACAGGAUCUUUGAUUUGCCUAGAUCUCUUGGGUGCCUCGCGCCCGGGAGAGCCGGGCCUGGGGGUUCUGAUGGUACGCCUGGUUGCCCGCUCACCGGGAAACAUCGGGAGCAGACCGUUGACAGGUAAGGAACGGCGCCGUUUGCCCCCGUCUGUGGGUCUGCACGGACGACGGGUGGAAACGGUGCAGCCACAGCCGCCUUCCGGUCCCGAAACCUUGGGAUGGAUGGUGGACUGUCCUUUUUUUUGUGCCCUUGUUUUGUGGGUUGGCGUGGCUUUAGUCGGAGGAUCGCUAGUCGCUUCGAAAAAAACGUUGUUCAUUGAGUUUAGAGCGCCACAAGUGCAGGCCUUGAAACGACGUCAAUCUUGUCUCGGCCUCGCGAUCGCGUUCCUCAGAUUUCAAUUCCCGCAUCUCGUAGAGUUUAGGAGAAUUAUUAGUAGAGGAAAAGGUGUCCUUGGUGGAUGCUCGUGCAUAUUGCAUGUCCACGACCGACAGAGCUUCCCAGCGGUGUUACAUAGUACCGGUCGUGGGUCUAAGUGA